GGGAGGAGCGCAGACAGGAGACUCUCUGGCUUGUCUGUCUGUUGGGCACCUGGGACACUGUCAUUGUGCUUCUCGGUAUAGUAUUUUUUUCUCUCCUUCUCUGAACCAGCCGACCGGUCGGGAGUCCUUUUUCCCCCCCUCUCGGUGCCGUAUCAAUUAGGAACUGGGAUUGUUUCUGUGUAAUCUGCUCUGCUCUGGCUGAACCGUUACAGACUGCGAUUGCUUCUUUGGUUUGUUCCUGCCCGCCUCUCGGCGUUCCGAUUCGGACCCUCCCCAAAGUGCAUCUGUUAGUGUGCCGCUGAGGAUAUAUCCUGUGUCCAACAGUACAACAUAGAGCAGCUGGGAUAUCAGACUAUAGAGGCGCGCGCGCGCGAGAGAGAGAGAGAGAGCAGCCGAGUGAGCAACAGAGAGAGGCAGAUACAGAGAGUGCGAGAGAGAUUGAAGCCGAGCAGCGAGGUAAGCUAUAGCGAGACGGCGUAGAUAGAAAAGUGAUCUUCAUAUCCUCCUCCCUUUUUCCUUGUUUUUCCUUUUUCUCCUCUACUACACUCUCCUGUGCCAGCAAUUUGUUCGCAGGACUGCCUGGAACCACUGCCACCUGCUCAUCUUCCUCCUCCUCUUCCUCCUCCACCUCUCUCCUCACGCGUUACUAUCCGACGCCAGCCAGUGAGGGAAAGACAGGGCACGCAGCAGCAGCGUCCCUUUUUUUUCAAACUCUUGUGGGGAAUAUUUUUGAGGAAACCGAAUGAGCAUCCGCCGAGCUCUACUCCAGGAGAUUUAAGUGAAAGGCGUCGUCGGGCAGGAACUACCCCCACAGAGGCGACCCCUCUCCCAGCCACUCUCCGUCAGACGAACCCUGCUUGCUCUCCGGAGGACCAGCAGUGAUUCAACACACCAGUGUGGACGGGGGGAAAACAAGGGACCUACAGUCAGAGAGCCGAGCCCCAGUACUACUACCGCUCGUCCGACCGCCUCCGCGCAACCAUUCCCUGCCACGGCGCUAAGGAUUCCAGCUAUAUGGGCAAGCGAUUGGAACAGCAACCAAUGUACCCUCAGUACACAUACUACUACCCCCACUACCUCCAGACCAAGCAGCCCUAUGCUCCACCCCCUCACCCCAUGGCUCCGCCCAGCCCCAGCCAUAACAGCUGCAGUCAUGGCGGAUCCGAGCAGCUGAGUAAAACUAACCUGUACAUCCGAGGCCUGCCCCCGGGGACCACGGACCAGGAUCUCAUCAAGCUCUGCCAACCAUAUGGGAAAAUAGUGUCAACCAAGGCCAUCCUGGACAAGAACACCAACCAGUGCAAAGGAUAUGGCUUUGUGGACUUUGAUAGCCCGGCUGCAGCACAGAAGGCGGUGUCGUCUCUCAAAGCCACCGGGGUGCAGGCUCAAAUGGCCAAGCAACAGGAGCAGGACCCCACCAACCUGUACAUCUCCAACCUGCCGGUGUCCAUGGAUGAACAGGAGCUGGAGAACAUGCUGAAGCCCUUCGGCCACGUCAUCUCCACGCGGAUACUGCGGGACGCCAACGGGGUCAGCAGAGGGGUCGGCUUCGCCAGGAUGGAGUCCACGGAGAAAUGUGAAGUGGUGAUACAGCAUUUCAAUGGGAAAUACCUGAAAACCCCACCAGGCAUUCCAGCCCCCAACGAGCCUUUGCUGUGCAAAUUUGCAGACGGAGGGCAGAAGAAACGCCAGAGCCAGAGCAAGUACCCACAGAACGGGCGGCCGUGGCACAGGGAAGGCGAGACUGGUAUGCAGUUAACAUACGAUCCUGCUGCUAUGCAGAAUGGGUUCUACACCUCGCCUUACAGUAUCGCCACCAACCGCAUGAUCGCACAGACGUCCAUCACGCCCUUCAUCGCUGCUUCCCCCGUCUCCACAUAUCAGGUCCAGAGUACGUCAUGGAUGCCUCAUCAACAAUACGUUAUGCAACCUACAGGUGCAGUGAUCACCCCAGCCAUGGACCACACCAUGUCCAUGCAGCCUGCCAACAUGAUGGGCCCGCUCUCCCAGCAGAUGAACCAUCUGUCCCUGGGCACUACAGGAAGUUACAUGACUGCUGCGGCUGCCGGGGCGCCUAUGCAAGGGACCUACAUUCCUCAGUACACUCCUGUGCCUCAGACAGCCGUCCCCGUUGAAGGAGUGGUCACGGAUGCUUCUCCUCAGUCGGUGGCCCCCUCAUCGCAGGAUGUGAGUGGGCAGCAGCAGCAGAUCCAGGUGGAUGGCUCCAGUGACCUUGUUACUGCUUACUCAUACCAGUCCAAAUAGCGACCGGUGCGGAGAAUAUUCCUGUGACAGCGUUGCCUUGCAACAGAGGGGUUGGCUGCACUGAGAAUGCGGAGAGAAGAGGGAUUGCUUCCAGAUUGCCCAGGCACCAAAAAAUAGACACUUUUUUUCCAUUUCAUACCUGGAAGAGAGGAGGGGUGGGGGGUGGGGGUGGAGUCGCUGGGCACAGUGCAAAGUGGUGAAAAUGUUUAGUCUGAGAACAUGCCUGGAGGACUGGGCUUGAGCUUGAGUUGUUUCUUCAAGAAAUUUCUCAACUGAAAAAAAAAGUACAAAAAAAAACAAAAACAAAUUGAAAUGUUGAACGCGCAGGUAGGUGAUGAGGUUUAUUUUGUAAUUAGAAAAAGGGGAGUCAAAGUUUGAGAUACACAGAGAUUGUCUUCCUCAGAUAUUAAGCUACGAUUUCUUUUCACUCUUUUUUUUUGGAUUUCUCGUGUAAAAUUUUAGUUUUCUAGAUAUAUUCAAAACAACUGUUUUUCUUUCUUGAAUCUUCAUGGCCUUAAUUUUAAGGGUGUCAGAGGACUUUUUACAGAGAGUUAAGUCUGGCGUCUCGUUGAAAAUAAAAAGCGAACUAAAUCAGUCUCUUAGACCACUGUGAUGGUACAAGAUACUGCCGGAGUUGAGCUAGAGACAUAAAAAAAAGAAGAUCUAUCACAUAAACUGUACAGAUUUAAUAGAGAAGAGUUUUUUUCUUUUCUUCAUUAGAAGAAAACUUUGAUAAAUAAUUAUGUCAGAGGUAACUGAGUGUUAGAGAAAAAACUAAAUGUCUGCCGAGGAAAAGAGGGGGAGGAGAUAAAGCUUUGAAGAGAUUAUUCAGAAUUAGGAGGGGGAAAAAGACACUGCGUUGUAGAAAAGGCAGUCUGUUGCAAAUGCUGAACUUGUUUUUUAUGAUCAUAAUUAUAUAAUUUUAUGGCAAGAUUGCCGUUGAUGACAUUAGCGCUUUUUAUCUGCAACCUUUGACCUUUUUUUAUGAGCUUUCAGAUGUUUUUAGCCCGCUUUGCUUGUCACACUGCAACAACAAAAAAUAAUUAAGAAGAAAAAAAGUCUAAAACAAACACACAAAAAACGGUGGAAAAAAUGCUUGCAGUGAUUAUACUUCGUAGAUAGCCUACAGCAGGAGCUUACGGUUUAAACCAAUCAGAGCAAAAGCAAUAGAAGAAAUUGUUGACAAUUUCUGUAGUCUUUCCUAGUUGUGGAUCAAAUGCAGCCCAAGGAUGGCCAUUUUUAUACCAAAGAUGAAGAGACACUCUGAUCCAGAGUUUUUUAGUUUUUCAGUUUGAUUUUGUUGUUGAUGUUUGUUAUUGUUGAUGUUGUUGCUGUUGUCAUGGUUGUUUUUAAUUUGACCCUGAUGGCCGGACCAGUCUUUACUUUUCAUUCCAUUUCCGAUUUUUCUUUUUUUGUUGUUGGUUUAAGCUACCUUCCAUGGUUGUCGAAACUAUCACGCUGACGUCAAACAGUAUUUGGGCGUGUGAUGCAACUAGUGGCAGUCCGACCUAAUGUCCCUCUCCACCACUUCAAUUGUCUUUCCGUCUCUCAACUGUCGUGCUCCACAACGCUUUCGCCAGCCAUGCGGGCAUUCCACUCGUCAACAAUAGACAAAACACUAUAGGAAGAAUUGUGGAAUGUUGCAGCCUGCUCCUACUUGGUCAUUGAUGCGUCGCCUCUGGCUUUCUUUGGCUCACUGAUUUCUGCCUCUGCGCUGUCUCUUUAUCUCAUUGAAUCAAUGAUAACGGAAUGAAACUGAUUUUAAAAAAUGUAUUCCCUCCCAGGGAGUCUCAUCAAUGUUGCCCUACACCCCCCCUCCUGUUAUACAAACAACAAACACCAAAACUGUAUGUGUUGACGUAAAACAUAUCCUGCUCCCCUAGGCGCUAUGUCCUUAGUAGUGCUGAGUAAUUAACUGAAAUGUAGAUUAAUUUUUCUUUUUUUAAACAACUAAUUGGUGAAAUGAUUUGAAUUCCAUUUUGUUAGUUUUUUCCCCCCUGUGAGCUCAAUGCACACAUUUAUUCUGGAGAUAAAUCAGAUCGAGCCUGAACUGUGUUUUAUUUAUUUUUAUUUUACCUUUAUUUAACCAGGCAGUUCAGAACAAAUUCUUAUUUUCAAUGAUGGCCUAGGAACAGUGGGUUAACUGCCUGUUCAGGGGCAGAACGACAGAUUUGUACCUUGUCAGCUCGGGGGUUUGAACUUGCAACCUUCUGAUUACUAGUCCAACACUCUAACCACUAGGCUACCCUGUGAUGAAAUAGGGAUUGGAAUUUCCAACAGACCAAUAUUCUACAUAGUUAAGCACAUAAAAUGUGGUAGUUAACUACAAUGACCAUAAUCCAUUGCACAUCUACGACUCCAGUCUGUUUCUUUUACGCCUGCUAGGGAAGAGAGAUGAAUGUGCAAUCGUGAGGUGAUGUAGAGAGCAGCUGUUGCUUCGUGAGGUAUCUCUACCUGAAAAUACAUGAUCUAAGUGAUUGAUAGUUGAUAUUCAGCACUCGUAAAAAAUUCUACCAUAUUUAGUUUGAGGAACUACAAAAUAGUGUUUUUGUCAAACAGCAUAGGCAGCAGCUCUAUAGAGACGAGAUGAUGACUUGAAAUGAAACAAUAAAGUCAUCAAAUAAAACAAAUGUAAUAUACACAACUGAAAUAUUUUAUUAUACUAAAGUAAUGUGAAUAAAUUAUGGUUUGAUUCAUUAGGAUCCCCAUUAGCCGACGCAAAUGGCGACAGCUAGUCUAAGUGAGGUCCCGACACAUAAUGAAAAAUACAUUACAGACAAAAAAAAUACUUUACAAUUUACAUGUCAGUACAUACACACAAGUAGGUCACAUGGGUUAAUUAAGCAAUAAGACACGAGGAGGUGUGGUAUAUGGCCAAUAUACCAUGACUAAGGGCUGUUCUUAAUCACGAUGCAACGCGGAGUGCCUGGAUACAGCCCUUAGCUGUGGUACAGUGCGUUCGGGGAAAAAUUCAGACCCCUUGACUUGUAGCAAAUUUUGUUACGUUUUGCCUUAUUCUAAAAUGGAUAAAAUAAAAUAAAAUAUCAUCAAUCUACACACAAUACCCCAUAAUGACAAAGUGAAAACAGGUUUUUAGACAUUUAUGCAAAUGUAUUAAAAAUAAAAAAACAGCGAUAGCUUAUUUACAUAAGUAUUCAGACCUUUUGCUAUGAGACUCGAAAUUAGGCUCAGGUGCAUUCUUCUUCCAUUGAUCAUCCUUUUCUACAACUUGGAGUCCACCUGUGGUAAAUUCAAUUGAUUUGACAUGAUUUGGAAAGGCACACAUAUAUAAGGUCCCACAGCUGACAGUGCAUGUCAGAGCAAAAACCAAGCCAUGAGGUUGAAGGAAUUGUCCGUUGAGUCCCGAGACAGGAUUGUGUCGAGGCACAGAUCUGGGCAAAGGUACCAAAACAUUUCUACAGCAUUGAAGGUCCCCAAGAACACAUUUGCCUCCGUCAUUCUGUCAUGGAAAAAGUUUGGAACCACCAAGACUCUUCUAGAGCUGUUUGCCUGGCCAAACUGAGUAAUUGGGGGAGAAGGGCCUUGGUCAGGAAGGUGACCAUGAACCCAAUGGUCACCCUGACAGAGUUCUAGAGUUCCUCUGCUGAGAUGGUAGAACCUUCCAGAAGGACAACCAUCUCUGCAGCACUCCACCAAUCAGGCCAUUAUGGUAGAGUGACCAGAAGAAGGCUACUCCUCAGUAAAAGCACAUGACAGCACACUUGGAGUUUGCCAAAAGGCACCUAAAGGAAUCUCAGACCAUGAGAAACAAGAUUCUCUGGUCUGAUUAAACCAAGAUUGAACUCUUUGUCCUGAAUGCCAAGCGUCACGUCUGGAGGAAACCAGGUACCAUCCCUAUGGUGAAGCAUGGUGGUGGCAGCAUCAUGCUGUGGGUAUGUUUUACAGCAGCAGGGACUGGGAGACUAGUCAGGAUAGAGGGAAAGAUGAACGGAGCAAAGUACAGAGAGAUCUUUGAUGAAAACCUGCUCCAGAGCGCUCUGAAACUCUGACAGGGGCGAAGGUUCACCUUCCAACAGGACAACAACCCUAAGCACACAGCCAUGACAACCCAGGAAUGGCUUCGGGACAAGUCUCUGAAUGUCCUUGAGUGGCCCAGUCAGAGCCCGGACUUGAACUCAAUCGAACGUCUGUUGAGAGACCCUUAAAAUAUAUGUGCAGAGAUGCUCCCCAUCCAACCUGACAGAGCUUGAGAGGAUCUGCAGAAAAGGAUGGAAGAAACUCCCCAAAUACAGGUGUGCAAAGCUUGUAGCGUCAUUCCCAAGAAGACUCGAGGCUGUAAUCGCUGCCAACGGUGCUUCAACAAAGUACUGAGUAAAGGGUCCGAAUACUUAUGUAAAUGUGAUAUUUCAGUUUGUUGUAUUUUUAUUAAUUUGCUAACAUUUCUAAAAACCAGUUUUUGCUUUGUCAUUACGGGGUAAUGUGUGAAGAUUGAUGAGGGGGGGACGGUUUAAUCCAUUUUAGAAUAAGGCUGUAACGUAACAAAAUGUGGAAAAGGUCAAGGGGUCUGAAUACUUCGUGAAUGCACUGUACAUUGGCCAUUUUCCAAAACAAACCCGAGGUGCCUUAUUGCCAUUAUAAACUGGUAACCAACAUAAUUAGAGCAGUAAAAACAAAGGUUUUGUCAUGUGAUUUACGGUCUGAUAUACCACAGCUGUCAGCCAAUCAGCAUUCAGGGGUUGAACCACCCAGUUUAUAAUAAGUGAUAAGCAGUAAUGGGCAGUCAUUAUCAUCAUUGGACUUUUAAUAAUUGUAUUAUUCUGUGUUACAGCAUUCAACCCACAUAAUUCAGAGUGAUUUUAAUCUAAAACAAAAAUAUAGAGAGAAAUUGUACACUGUGAUUUUAGUCCUUUUUAUAAUCGACCCUAAACCAAACCAAUCUCAAAAAGCACUAAUCGCUCAGCACUAUUAAGACAGGAACUAAAUUCACGACUAGCGUUGACACGUUAGCAUCUGGUGUGCUUCUUUGUUUAACAUAUGAAUGUUGAACAUACCGAACCAACAUAUGGAAGCAUACCGUAGUGUUAUCGGCUUUAGCAAACGUUAUCUCUCUUCAAGAUCCAUCCGAUAAUGAACCCUAUUAGAGUCCAUUUUUAUGGGCUGGAUAAACACUACUGUACUCUGACCUAAUGGGUUCUUUUCUAGCCAGAAUAGUAGACUACAACAUGUUGACGGUAACCUUUCAACCAAGCCUAAAAAGCCUCUGUUGUCAGCCAAUUAGCCUCUUUAGCCUGUAAACGUCUCUGCCUCACCUCUUUCAGCCUCCCAUCAAUACCAUAUCCAUUGCCAUUAGAGAUUUUUUUUCGAUGACUUCAUCUCCGAAGAUUGUCCCAUAAUAAAUGGGCUUGUGUCUGGGAUGGCAGGCAGGCUAUUUCCAUUAAAGUGCCCUGUUCUGGAGCACUGUGUGUCUCUGUCCCCAUUACGGUACCCUGUUGGAGUGGCUGAGUGUCUGGCUGUGUCUGAAAUGGCAUCCUAUUCCAUAUAUAGUGCACUACAUUUGACCAGGUCACAAAGGGCUCUGGUCAAAAGUAGUGCACUAUAUAAGGAAUAGGGUGCCAUUCCUGAUGCAAGCCUCUGUGUCCCUGUAUGCCUGCCCGCUGUGGUGUUAGAGUCCUGAAAAGCCUCCUGUUUUUCAGUGCUCUUUGUGUACCGCUGGCACCACUAAUGUGACUAGGCUUCACUCUCUCCUCUCCUCUCUCUCCCUGUGAGGUUUUCCCUCUUUAUUGGACAGCGCAGGACCUGAAACCCCAAACCAAUUUUAGUCACAUUCUCAAUGAGUCUUGACGGGGCCCAAUUUGUCUCCCCUUAGGGCAUUGGGAUCCACUCCAGUGUCUCUGAAAGCCCCUUUCAAGAAAAGAAAGUUUUUUUUUUUGUUGUUGUGUGUUCUUUUUCGUUCACAAUUGCGCAUAUUGAGAUCCAGCAGUUCGUGUGACUCAAAGGCAGGCUGUGCAUUGCAUUCUGGGAAAGAUGGCAGUGACGUCAUAGGUCGGCUAUGACAUCACACAUAGCAAUGUCUGUAACAAUGUCAUUGUUUAUCGAGUGCCUUUUAACGAAGCUUCCAAAUGAUUCCAAUAUCUGCAGGAUAGAAAAAAAGCACAUGGAAAAGCUAUCUUAUAUAAGGGAACCGUUGAUUUUUUUAACGGGUUGUGCUAAUGAAAAUACUAGAAAUGUACAACCUACUCUAAGGUGCUGCAGUGGAAGCUGUCUUGGGCACGUUGCCUGCUUUGUGUCCAUUGGACUGUGAUGUACUGGCCAUUCUUGAUCAUUUGAUCAACAUGAGUUUACUACAAUUGCUCUUCCCUAUUGGGUUGUGCUUUUAAAAACCAAGUGAAAACAGGCACAGAGUGAACUACAUCGUCCACAUAGUGAGCUGGCAUCACGGCCGCCAUAUUGUUCUUGUCAGAAACACAGGCAAUAAAACCAGAGAAAAUAUAACCACUCAACCUUUUGUUGUCCCAUAAAACGUUCACCCCUCAUGUCUUCCAUCCAAUGACCGGUCAGUGAUCAAAUGUUACUGUGCCAAUCUACCAACACUGGAGCUACUCAGCUGCUCACUGUCCCACACAUUUCUCCCUUUCCUCUUUACACUCAUCCUGUCACUUCCCCUCAUCCUCUGCUUUCCGAUUACAGAGAACUUUUGAUUACAAGAUAAUCGCUAAGUGUAGGCUAUAUACGCGCCAAAAUCACCCACUUUUUUUAAUUGCGACAGACCAACAAAUCCGAAACGGCUCGACCUGUUCACACCACUGACAACAACCAUUCAUAUUUCUUGCACAUCGCUCUGGGUAAUAACAUUAUUUUCGCUGUGUUAUUUUUUUUUCCCCUCUCCUGCCACGCGUGAGCAGGCUAGCUGCUACAGUAUUGAGGUGUCCAGAACUUAAGCUAGACCUUCGGGUCGAGGUCGCUGUUUGCUCCUCAACCUCUAUGGUGUUCAAACUCUAACCGCAGCCAGGUUCUCUGCAUCAUAAACCCCUCUUACAGCUGCUACUUUAAGAGACAGAAUAAAAGAGGAAACCUUUGAUUAACUGUAGGAAUCUGACCGCAAUCACCUUUGAUUACAAAGCUCAGUGCUCUACAAAUAUUGUUACCUUCUACGAUUCAAUAGUAAAUGACUGAAAAGGAAAUAGGUUUACAAAUAGAGCUCACAAAGAAUCGCACAACCGAACCGCGUGGGCUCCGAAUUGCUGCUUGAGAUUCAAGAAAGACAAAACGUUGAAGUGACUAGAGGUUUGCCUCGAUUGGGUAAGAGAAAUAUCCUUGUGAAUCUUUCAUCGCCCGUCAAUGAGGUCAUUGCAUAAUUGAAAUGGCAUUAUCAUGGCUGACUCGACUUCUGUCUUAUUCUACACUAGUUGUAGCACAAUGGCAAACUUGGCCUGGUAAAAUGCCACUACGUUUUGGCGGGCUACAGUUAAGGAAUCUAUUUUGGUGGAGGAUAGCUCCGAUAGCUAGCUAGCCUAUGUCUCAGCACAAGCCACAGCCAGAUAGGGUCAUUAGCUCCUGUUGCCAGGCAGAAGUUGUCAAAGCGCAGAGUGUUGAGCAGCUCCACCUCAUGCAGCACUGUGAGAGAGACUCAGUUUAGUCCGUCUGUCCAUUCAUUGCAGGUCUGUAACCAGCUGGACCUCACACUCGCACUGAGGGGAGAAAGUUACUGAUUGGAAGCAUGCUCUACCACAACCGCAGACAGACAGACACACACACACACACACACACACACACACACACACACAGAGUGUGC